UCAUCUUGAUUCUUUUGGCGCAAACUGAAGACGAAGAAAGAAUUGUUGUUGUUCGUGAAUUCCAAAGCUGAUUUCUUUUCUAUCGGACGGAAGGGAGGGAGGUCAAACAAAUUAGGGUCAUUUUUGUUUCAUCAUUGAGGAUUCAUGCUCUAUCUCUUCAAAUGAAAGAACCCAGUUUCUGUUCCUAAUUCUAGUUCCAAUUGGUGUUCUCCAGAAUGCGAUUGACAGCAGCCACGGCGCAUCAAAAUCGCUUAUCUCAUCUGGGUAAUCUUCUAUCAUCCCGGAGAUCCCUUCUUUCUCUUCCUACUUGUUUUAGUCUAAGGUUGCGCCGCCGGCGUCGCCCAUCAAGCUCCUGUUUCGGCUUCAAGCUAUCUAAGUCGAUUUGGAUCAGAGAUGGGCUACCGCACAGGAAAUUUGGUGUCCGAGCAAUGGAUGAGUCAUUUGAUGACGAUUGGGGAAGUGAAGGCGAUGAAAGUGAUGGAGAUUUUACAUUAAGCCCAAUUCUGGAUGUUGAUUUGCCAUCAGCAGCUAAAGACAAGUAUGUAUCAGCUAAUGAUCCAUUGACAAUAACUGUGAGCAGGCUAGCUAUGCUCAGCAGAGCCCGCAGGAAAAAGAGGAUUGGAUAUGGAAUUGUAAACAAUAUGGGUUUGAUAACAUUCUUGAUUACAACUCUUUUAUUUGUGGAUGGAUGUGCUUGGAGAAUUGUGAAGCUACCAUUACCACCUCUCCAUUUGAUGCAGCCAUUUUGUAUCUCAGCAAUCUUAGCGUCAUUUACAGGCUAUGUAUGCGUCCCUCUAUUUCGUAGUUUGAAGAUACAUAGGCAUUCUAGGAACGGCUCUAAGAAGAUAACCGCUACAAUGGGUGGUUUACUGUUUGUUCCGAUAGGAAUUGUUGUUGCAGAGCUUCUGCUUGGUUUUUCUUCUAUCGAGGUUUCAGCUUCUGCAAUUGCAACUCUUUCCCUAGCUACGGUUGGGCUGGUUGAUGAUGUCUCCGGCAUUGUCAAGAAUCGUAAUAAUGGUUUAUCCGAUUGGAUUAGAUUUACUUUGGUUGUAGCAGUUGGAAUAUGUUUCUCACUUUGGCUGGAUUCCACGAAGAUAAGGACCCCUUACAACAUGAAAUUGUUGGUGCCUUUACCCGGUCCACUAGGACUAGUUUUUGUGGGAAAGUUUUAUCUAUUUUUGACAUCAACUUGCUUUGUCUGCAUGGUGAAUGGUAUUAACAUGGCAGACAAACUUGAUGGCUUGGCUGGAGGGACUGCUGCAAUGGCUUUUUUAGGAAUGUCCAUUGCAUCUCUUCCUAUAUGUCCUGAUGUUUCCGUUUUUGGAGCUUCAAUGGCAGGAGCAUGUAUGGGUUUCCUUUUACACAACAGACACAAGGCAUCUAUAUUGAUGGGUAAAACGGGAUCAUUGGCACUUGGGGGAGCUCUAGCUUCAAUGGCUGCAUGUACAGGAAUGUUCCUUCCACUGUUGAUUUCAUCAGCAAUCUUUCUCUUAGAACCCAUUUCAGUGAUAAUAAUGCAGGUAUUCUUCGUAGACAGAUCGUCAUUUCUUCGUCAACUUGCAUUGCAUGGGCUGAAGGAACCGAUUAUAGUUGCAGUCGCAUAUGUUAUCGCUGCCUUUUUAUCUUUAUUAGCUGGAUAUGUUGCCCUUGUUUCAGUCUAACUGUGUCAUAUUUCUUAGGAAACUGAACUUAGCUUAACACAGAUUGAAAAAUAUAUUAGCGGGUUCUCAUCUGAAUCCAGAUCUGUAUCCAGUUAUAGUUCAGUGUAUCGGUUUUGGCGGUUGAUCCAUAGUUAGAUGCAAUACAUACAUAUGGCUGUUAUUUUUUUAAUACCUUUUUUAGAAGCCAUGUUAUGUAGAGAGACAGAUUCCAAUGCUAGUUGGAAAUAGACUUGACCAUUUUUGUGCUAUCA